AUGCCAUUGCGGAAACAAGCACCAGUAGAGGAGAAAAUCCCGGAAGUCCAAGAAUCAUCGAGAGAUGCCACCAGCAGCAGCUCCGAUCGCGGCUUCAGUGAUGUUGAAGCUGGCCUUCCGAACUUAGCAGCCGGUCUUCAUGGGACAUCGAAACAACCAACAGAAAGAGCCACUCCUCAUCAGCUUUUCUACGUCUUGGGACUCCAUGGUAUUGGUGCUGGUAUUCUGUCCGGUGGCAUCAAUUUUGCGAUAGCCUACGGCAUGUAUACAACCCAGAACCUGGCAACAAACCCCAUUCGUCUCUUCCAGCUACCCAACACCCUCGCUGGAGACGCGGUAGUCACCACCAUCAUCCAAACCCUGAUUACGUGGUUCGUCGAGCUUAUUGUUGUCGAUCACGACCUGAAGAAGGGCGCCGUCCGUUCUAUUGGCUUUUUCAGAGAGCCCGUCCGCCCUCUGCUGCGAUCGCUCAUGCUUCUCGACCGGAUCGAGGACGGAGGGCAGGUUGUCGCGACGCGGUCCAAGCGUUGGGGGCCGUUCAUCGCCGAUCAGGUCAUCCGCGUCGGCUUCAUCUUUGUGUUCGCCUUCUUCCUUCUAUGGCUACCUGCGAUCGGUAUUUUGACUGCCGUUGGUGAGCGGAGGGCGAGCGGCGACUGGGACUGGUACUUCCAGCGCCAGUGGGCUCCCGAAAUUUUCAAAGGCGUUUACGGCGCUGUACUUGCUCUUCUCACGACGCCAGUUAUGGCUUCAUUCUGGCUUGUCAGAGAGGGAUGGAGAGUGAAAAAAGAAAGGGCGCAGCUGAUAUAA